CGGCGUCGCCAGAGCAGUACGCGCCAUCCGUUACGCACCGUCCGUUGGUCUACGCGAGCGUCCGCCGUCGACGACUUGGACUACGAUCUGUUCGAUCCGCAGUGACGCGAGUGAAAAUCGCCCGUGCUUGUUAUAUUAUUAUUGUCAUAUUUUAACGUCCGAUUUUUCGCGUGCCGUUGCAAGUGUUGUGUCGCCCGUAUAAACCGUGCGUGUACCGUGGUGUCGCGUUUGAGCCGCUUUCUGUGGACGGACGUGGUCUGGAAACGGUCACAGUAGCCGUAACACAGUGACAGGCAUCCGUGUCGGGAGUGAAACGGUGUCGGCGUACGAGACCGUGUAUCGCGUGUACAUACAGAGUGUUGAUGACGUGCGCGGUGUAUCGUGAAGUGUCGUAUCGAUUUUUAUAAUAAUAUAAUAUACCUAGUAAAACAAAAGUGGUGAUCCUCGUCGGUUGGUGUGCGGUACGCGUCUUGACGAAGACGACAACGACGCCGACGAUAGUGCGCGGCGCGUGUAUAGGCUGCGGGACAUGCACCAACGUGGCGACGUUCGAGCGGACGACGGUCACGACGAGCAGGCCACCAUCGCGGGGUGGUGCGCGUAGCGGCCGAACCGCGGCGGCGAGCAGCACGCCGUGCCGGGCCGCAACAGUCCAUGCGUGAUAACGUGCGACCUGCACGCGGCCGCAAUGAUGGACCAGAAAUGUGACGGCGGCGGUGGUGGUGUCGCUGCUGCCGCCGCCGGUAUCGGUGGCGGUGGCGUCGGCGGCCUCAUGUCGUACAACCGUGUCCGUGGCGGCACCGAGGUCAUCAUCAAACCCCGUAGUCCCGCCGUGUUGCAGGUGACCACCGGUGGCAGUUACCACGGCCUGCCGACGGCCACCGACGCCGUAAUCGUGCGCAGCCCGCCCGGCGGCCACUUGCCUGGGCAGCAGCAGCAGCAAGUUCCCCCGUCCCGUAACGGCUGUUCCACCCUGUUCAGCGACAUCGCUGGCGUCAAGCGGCUCAGGCCCGACGAUUGGUUGGCCGUCAACUCGCCGCCCGCCUCGUCGCCUGGCACGUCGCACAUAUCCUACACAGUAAUUUCGAACGGCGGAGGUGGAGGCGGUGGUGGCGGUGGCGGUGGCGGUGGCGGUUACAACACGUCUCCAAUGUCGACCAACAGUUACGACCCGUACAGUCCGAUGAGUGGCAAAAUCGUCAAAGAAGAGUUGUCUCCGCCGAACAGCCUGUCGGGAGUCAGCAGCCAUUCGGAUGGGUUGAAGAAGAAGAAACUCAACCACUCGCCCGUGACUGGCGUCGUCAACACCGCGGCAUCGGGCCCCGGAGGCGGCGUUGGUGGCAACGUGCUGAACAACCGACCUCCCGAAGAGCUUUGUCUGGUGUGCGGCGACCGGUCGUCCGGUUACCAUUACAACGCGCUGACAUGCGAAGGGUGCAAGGGGUUCUUCCGGAGGAGCAUCACCAAGAACGCCGUGUACCAGUGCAAGUACGGCAACAACUGCGAAAUCGACAUGUACAUGAGGCGGAAGUGCCAGGAGUGCCGGCUGAAAAAAUGCCUCACCGUCGGCAUGAGGCCUGAAUGUGUUGUACCUGAAGUUCAAUGUGCAGUAAAAAGAAAGGAGAAAAAAGCUCAACGAGAAAAAGAUAAACCAAAUUCUACUACAGAUAUUUCUCCAGAAAUAAUAAAAAUAGAACCUACAGAGAUGAAGAUUGAAUGCGGUGAACCAAUGAUAAUGGGCACGCCUAUGCCGACUGUACCUUACGUGAAACCGUUGAGUUCUGAACAAAAAGAACUGAUCCAUCGACUUGUCUAUUUCCAGGAUCAAUAUGAAGCUCCUAGUGAAAAGGACAUGAAACGUUUAACAAUAAAUAAUCAAAAUAUGGAUGAAUACGAUGAAGAAAAACAAAGUGACACCACAUAUCGAAUCAUCACUGAGAUGACAAUACUCACAGUUCAACUCAUUGUAGAGUUUGCCAAACGAUUACCAGGUUUUGAUAAACUUGUAAGAGAAGAUCAAAUCACUUUACUCAAGGCUUGCUCAAGUGAAGCUAUGAUGUUCAGGGUAGCAAGGAAAUAUGACAUCACCACUGACUCAAUAGUGUUUGCUAACAACCAGCCAUUUUCAGCCGAUUCUUAUAACAAAGCUGGGUUGGGAGAUGCCAUUGAAAACCAACUGUCAUUCAGUCGGUUUAUGUACAAUAUGAAAGUGGAUAAUGCAGAAUAUGCAUUGUUGACCGCCAUUGUCAUAUUUUCAAGUAGGCCAAAUUUACUAGAUGGUUGGAAAGUGGAGAAAAUUCAAGAGAUCUACCUAGAGUCCUUAAAAGCUUAUGUAGAUAAUCGAGACCGUGACACAGCAACUGUCAGAUAUGCGCGACUUCUCUCGGUACUUACAGAGUUGCGUACAUUGGGCAAUGAAAACUCUGAGCUAUGUAUGACACUGAAACUGAAAAACCGAGUAGUACCCCCAUUCUUGGCCGAAAUAUGGGAUGUCAUGCCAUAGUAAAUUGCUUCAGCUAGUUACCUUGUACCUGGUCACACCAUUAGUGUCACUUGGUAUUAUUUUGAAGACUGUCAAUAUUUUUUGUUCGUUCAGACCCCUGACAACCACUUGGCAAAUAUGUGUAGCUCUGAACAUCAAUUUGCUAUUGUUCUACUUCUUGGAUGACUAUUUAAACUACAAUUACAAUAAUCUUAAUAAAAUAGAAAUAUUGAAAAUUAACUAUCUAUCUAGCAUGUCAGGUAAUAAUAUUAGUUAAUGUGUUGUCUUAAAUGUGCUUAAAAACAGCUAAAUAUUUAAAGUUUGAAACUGUAGGUAAAUUAGGAGUUGUUUUUAAACACAUGGUGUAUAGGAAAAUGUUAGCACUCUUAGAUUUUGUGUUAGUAUAUUUGAAUUCACUCCUAAAUUAAGACAUAGUACUGUUAAACAGAAUUUGUUUUUAACUAAGAAUUUUUAACUAUGAGGGUGCUAUAUUGUUUCUCUGUUAUCCUCGUGUGGUUUUUGAGACUGUAUGUUUUGUACCUGCGUGUUGGAUUUUUUCUUUUUAAAAUUAUAUGUAUAUAAAUAUAUAUAUACAUUAUAUAUAUAUUUAUAAAUGUUUAUCAAUAAGCCAAUUAAUUUUAUUAUAACAAAUUUAUAUAAAUAUAUUUUUUUUUUUAUAUGAAAUGUAAGAAACAUCAUUUCUAUUCGCGAAACUGUGAUAUUAGUUUUUAAUAAAUUGUAUAUGAUAAAUAAUAUAUUGUGUAUACUAACAUCUAUUAGUUAAUAAUCAUAGGGCGUUUGAUGUAAACGUGUACAAACAUAGGUUCAGGGCUUUAGGUAAAUGUGGCACUCUUUUAUGUACAUAAUUAUAAUAUUAUUAUUUUUUUAUUACUUAUUAUUGUUAUGCUUUCAAAACCUAAAUAAGCAAUUCUGUUAAUGGAAAGUAUUUUAUAGCAAGUGUAUUUAAUUACAAUAUAUUAGAAACAGUUUUGAUUAGAUGAAAUUCUAUAUAUUUUAAGUACAAAAACAAAAUUACAAAUAGGAAAUUAAAAUAGCUAUUAUUAAUGUGUGUUUGUGUGUGUAUUGAGAUGAAGACUGUAAACAUCAACGUUUAGAUAUUUAUAUUAUUUUAUUAUUAUUAAUAUUUUAGACCAAUUGUCUUCUAAUUGCUUUACUGAUUUCUUUCUUAAUGAUCAAUAACUUUUAGGCCGGUUAUCGUUUUCCUUUUUUAUUUAUUAUUUUUGUUUUCAUUUAAUAUUAAUUCGGAACAUUUUUGGUUUGGUUCAAUAGCUUUAAUGAUAGCUUAUAAAAUUAUAACUUCAGUAUGAUAGAUACUUAUACAUUUUCCUUUACUCUGAUAACCAUAUAUUAUAUUCUUUUUUUAUGUUGUUUUUUGUUAUUGUCAGUAAAACCAAAUUGAUGUAUCCUACCAGUGCAAUAGUUAUCAAGUUUAUUAAAUGUUGUCCAUAGUUUUGUUUUCACGGAAAAGGAAUUAUCUGGUGGUAUAUAAUUUUAUAUAAAUAUUAAUUAAAUACCAAUUUUUCUUGGGUCAUAAGUGUAAUUGUUUGUUUUUAAGUAGAUGGAAUAAUUAUUAUAUUUAUAAAUUGGAGUGUACUUGGUGUUAUUUUCUAAUAUUAUUACUACUAGAUAUCAGUUAUUUGACACAAAUUAUAGUGUGGAUUUAAUAUCAGACAAUUUUUUUUAAAAAUAAUUUGGUUACCUGCUGCAUUGUAAAAUCUUCUCUGAAUAACUUAAGUUAAUUAAGUUUUAUUUUUUCUCAUCAUUUUGUCUGUCUGUAUCAUGAUUUUCUUUUGUUUGAAAUAACAUUUGAGUACACUCUAAAUCUACUAGUUGAAGGUACCCACUGUUAUAUUUCCUUAAUAUUGUAAUUUAUUUUAACAACACAAAGAAAAAAUUAGAUUACUGAGAGGAAUAGUUUAAUGUGUUAAAAAAAGCUCUUUACCAACCGAUUCAAUUUGGAAAUUCCUACCUGAUAUUAUGAUAUUUUUAAGAGAUAAAUAGUUUAUAUAAUUUGUAGAUGAAAUGAUGUUUUUUACAUUCUAUUUAUUUGAGUUGAUAUCUUCAGUAAAAACAAUUUCACUCGUAAACGCAGAAAAAACUGCCACUUGUCAGUUUUAAUACAAUUAUAUAUUUAUAAUGUUAUGUACAUUUUUAUGAUUACUUUUGUGCAAAUGUUAAUUCUUAGGAAAUUGAGUGUAAUUUUAAUAUUUUUUUUUGUAAAGAAUUUUUUUUUUUUUUUAAAUACCAUUGAAAAAUGAUCUUGUUCUUUUUUUUUAUAGAAAUAAGAAUGUGUAUUGUCAUAAAAAUAUUAUUUUGACCAUAGAAAAUAUAAGAAUCCAAUGUUAAUAAUUAUGUGUUACGUACAACAGCCUCACGUUUGUUUCCAAAUCUCCGGUAUUCUAUUUUUUAUAUAAUAACAUUGAAUUAAAAUAUUGUAUUCCAUCAGAAUAUAUUUAUUCUAUACAAGUUUAAAAAGUGGCCUUAAUUUGUAGCUAGUACCAAAAGGUCAAACAUUAAACUCUUAUGUUUAAGAGAUUAUGACUACCGUUGUGUGAACUGCAUUCUGCACCAAAGACACUAUUCAUAUUUAAAAUGUAACUCGUUUGACCUUGCGCGUACUGGCAACUUUGGAGUGUACCGUUUAAUUUUAUCAUAUCUAUGUAAAACUAUAUAUAAAAUAUUAAAAUUAUUUAAACAAGUUAAUUUUAACUUAGACGUUUUAUCACGCAUAGAAUUUCUAAAUUCACUGCCCUUCGAAACGAUUAUGCCGUAUUUCAGCGCACUUGUGCAGUUAAAUCUCACAUGCCACUGCCAUUUUUUUCUUUUUAUACUCAAAAAAAAAAAUUUAUUUAUAAAAAAAUUUGUUUUUAUUACAAACGUUUGAUAUUGUCUCAAGUAACACGUUAAUAUUCUCUCACUGAAAAUCAGUGUAUGUAACCCGUUCAGUUUGUUUAGAAUGCUAAUACUCUGGAUAAAAAAAAAAAACGUUCUACAAGUAUUAACGG